CAUUAAAAGCAGGAACAUUUCUGGACAUCUAUAAACAAACAGGACCCAAAUAACAGCGGAAGUGGGGCGUGAAUUCGAUCUGAAGAUUUUCAAAUAAUUCAUAUCUAAAGAUCACUAAUUGAAGAUGAACACCCUCUCUCCAGAGGUCGCAUUGAGUCGGAUCUCCCCUGAGUUAAGGCCUUUACUCUGUACUGUGAUACACAAUGGACGGGUCGGUUUGGACUCCUCUAACUGUCUUGGGAUCACAGAUCUUAAGAGUGGGUGCACAUCACUGAUGCCUGGUCCUUCUUGUGAUAGAUUUAAAAUUCAUAUUCCAUAUGCUGGAGAGACUCUCAAAUGGGACAUCAUUUUUAAUGCCAGAGACCCAGAGCUGCCACCUGACUUUAUCUUUGGAGAAGAUGCUGACUUCUUGCCAGAGCCAUCGGAACUCCCGCACUUGGUGUCGUGGGAUGCUGGCAAACCAGAGUGUCUUCUACUGCUAGUAAAAGAGAUGCUGCAGCAGUACCAUCAAUACCAGUGUCAGCGUCUACGCGACAGCUCCCGCCUUCUUUUUGAGUAUGACAGCCUGCUGGAGGACCCCAACUAUGGUCGCAGCAUGGAGAUCUACACCGGACGCAAGAACAGCUGGACAGGGGAGUUCUCUGCUCGAUUUCUUCUCAAACUCCCAGUGGAUUUUAACAAUAUUCCCAUCUAUCUUCUCAAGAGACCGACGGCUGACGACCGGAUAUAUUCCACGGGCAUCCCGGGAACUCAUGAACUUCUUGGACUCACAUUUCACGUUUGUUGCACUGUCUAUGAAUAAAUCACCAUCUGGGGCUUUUGUGAAACUCGUCUGUGCCAUUACCGGACGCACGGUCGACAGCACACUUCCAUCUUACC